AUGGCUGCGUUGAUGCAGUCGAACAACGAGCCCAUCGCCAUCUCCAAUCCCAUGUCCGUCUCAUCCAAUCCGAUUACCUCGAGUACUCCGGAAUCCGCUGCCUAUUUGAAACAAUCCAAACCUGACUCGAAUCUCACAUCGAUUGCCAGCGCUGGGUUAAACGUAACACGUUGCAAAGACUCCUUGCCAACUAUGUCAACAGCAGCAGCACCAAGCUCUGGCUCCGCGGAGCGGCCCCUCGAUUCGCACAGAGAGGCAGACCAGAAUAGCUCCCAGGUUGCGCGCGAAGCCCUUGGCGCAAGUGAAAAGCAGCAACAUAGCUCCGCUAGUGACUCAUUAGGCAUACACUCCGAUCAGAUGCAGGUGGAUUCUCAUCCUGUCGCAGGCGAAGCAGGCGAAUCAGUGUUCAACGCCGCCGAAAACGGUACAUCUUUGAUGAACAGCUCGACCGUCGCGAGCCCUGGACCUAUAGAAGACUCAGUCUCUCAGGACGGUGACCAGCCGCAUCAUCGAGGUGACAAUGAUCUGCAUCAAGACAACAAUAACAAGGCCUUCUCUUACCCAAUGCCCACGGGGAGUUUCAACGACCCCCGACGUGGUCUUAGCUUACCGAGCUCUGGCCUCAGUAAGGCUGGCCAAAGGUCCCCGUCAGCUAAGAAACAUCGCUGUCCAUUUUGCGCAACAGAAUUCACACGGCAUCAUAACCUCAAGAGCCACCUGCUCACGCAUAGUCAAGAGAAGCCGUUUGUAUGCACGACCUGUCAAUCGCGCUUUCGGCGGCUUCAUGACCUCAAACGACACCAGAAGCUGCAUACUGGCGAGAGACCCCAUAUCUGUCCCAAGUGUGGACGCAGAUUCGCUCGCGGUGAUGCCCUUGCGCGCCAUAACAAGGGCCAGGGUGGCUGUGCUGGGCGUAGGGCAAGCAUGGGAAGUUAUGUACCUGAAGAUGAAUAUGGCGAUGCCGCAGCUGCCGGCGCUGAAGACGCCAUGGACGGCCUUGUUUACGCCGAGCCAGAACGCAUGGAUGAAGAUGAUGAGCGCCGUUACAACAUGCCCAGCAUAAAGAAACAUGAUGUACCCACGGAUUCUAUUGGCCGCUCCAACAGUGUAAGCAGCUAUCAAGCGCGUCAGUCGAGCACAUACCCCCCAAUUGCUGCCAGCAGACCGUCCCAAGGUGGACUCUUCCCUCCGCCCACAAGCCAUGGUGGUUCUAGUGGAUCCCCUUCUCCUAUAUCUCAGUCUGGCAAUAUGACGUUCCCAUCGACAAACCAAACUUCCGGCCACUCUGCCUUUGCACCCCCAAACAUGACAGAAAGCCCCAGGCCGCUCUCACCAAAUGCCCUAUCUUCCCACCAAUUAGGGCAAGGGUCGGAAAACGGCAUCCAACUGCACCAUCGCGCCCACUCCCCGAGCAUUUCGCAUCCAUUCUCACAACAAACGUAUAACCGAACAGGUCCCUCUCAACCAUCUCUUUCCAACCAUUCUGCGCCAAGCUUGGGCCUUCCACCACCACCUCAGCCCGGGGCACCCCAACUUCCGCCGCCACCUGGCUUGGGUUCCUCGGAGCCUCGUUUCCCCAUUCAUUCACAGAGCUCCGUGCAGGCGCCGACUGUCGCCGCUAAACAUACGCCAUCGCAUAGCCAUUCGAGUAAUCACGGUGGUCCGCUAUCUUCCAAAACAAUCCCCGAAACAGCUUCAGCCAAUAAUGUCCAUCCGUCUCACGAUCCGAGCCUUUUUGAUCAGCAGCGUGAUCGUGAGGAAAAGCUCUGGGAGUACAUUCGUUCUGUUCAUGAUGAACUAAGCGGGCUCCGGUCGGAGGUGGCCGCUCUCAGGGCGCAGGUGGCAACGGCAAGCGUGAAUGCGCUGACUGCGACUAGCUCUGGUGUUACACACUCAUCAAUUGAGGCAGGGACCGCAGGUGCGGUGCAACGAUAA